UCAGUAGGGUUUGGGAGUUGAAAACGGAUGUAGAAGUGGGAGUGAUCAUCUCACGGAAUGGAAGCCGCCAACCCAGCCCUUUGUUUUUUCUUCUUUUUUCAUCAUCUUCUUCUUCUGUUGUGAACGAGGAAGCGACUUAAGGGCAUUUAUGUGGUUAACGGAAGAGUGUGGAUGUUGUUUUGGGUCUAUUUUUUGUCGCUGCUCCACACGACACGGAAAACGAGGUGUGAUCACACCCAUGGACAACCAGAGCACUGGCUGCCAGACGGAAUCUUUGUGAUUUGUACUAUAGAGACAGCAGGCAGUGGAGCACCGAGAUCUGUGCAUCAUAUGUCAGCUCCCAGCCAUAGAGCUAGACAACUCACAUAUAUACACGUUAUUUUUAGGGCAGUCUUCAAUGUGGUCGUCGCUGGCUGUGUUCUCCACCAACCAUGUACCAAUCCCUAGGUGGUUGCUCAGAUAGCUUUGUUCAUGUACCUCUGUCUUUGUGUGCGGAAGAUUGGUGCGGAUUCACCAUGGUCGUCUUCAAGACCACGAAGAAAGGAUUAACCAUCCAGUGCUCGCCACAACUCGGUUCUGGUUCCUGUACUUAGAGUCUACCAUUGCACAACACCACUGGAAACUGGGCGGUGUGCCGCUAUAGAAUGCCACAGAGAAAACUCAUCGUCUUUGGACUGACAGAACUCAAUUUCCUAUUAUCAGAUUUCACUCACGUUAAAAUAUAAACGAACUGCAUUGUGGGGUUAGUACGGAGAUAGGAGACCUUCCCUUGUGCUGUUUGGAGGAACUAGGAAAACUGUUUAAAAGGAACUCUUUCGUGCUGCGGUCCGUAUACAGUCAGGGCUAACAGACGACCAACAGGGGAUACAACAAGUCCCUAAUGCUAUUUGUACAUUCCCACUGAUUCAGACUAUAGCCAUCGCCAAUAAAUCCCCGGCAAGAAUGGCCAUACAGCUGCUACACAUUGUGUACUACUUGUCCUGUUUGUGUUUAGCCAUCGUCCCCCUCCAGGCGGAACAGUUUUUCCGCGGAAGAAUCCACCAAGACCAAAGUGUGUUCCAAAACGCCAGAGUCUACACCGUUAGGAACUCUCAUGAUGCCAUGCAACAGUUGGAAAAAUAUGGCUAUCUGAAAUGUAAAAUUCGUCGUCGGAAGCGCCAGGCCCCGUUCCCUGGGGUAAUAUCGGAGUCGCAUGGGUCGGACUCUCGGAUGGGAGUUGUCCCCGGGGCGGUGGUGACAGAAGAAGAGGGACAGGAGGUGAUCUGUAACAACACCCAGUUACGGGAGGGCAUCAUCCGCUACCAGAAUAAAUAUCAACUUAACUUAACGGGAGUUCUCGACGACGACACGUUACGGUUCAUGAGCAACUCUCGGUGUGGCAAUAAAGACAGUGAGACAGAACUUGUCAACCCCGACAUGCAUGACCCAGGUCCGUUAACGGACGAGGGGAGGAAUGACUCGACUAGGAGCAAGAGAAGCGUCCGAGGCACCCCAGUGGAAGCUACUUCAGAGGAGGUGAAAAACACGCGGUUAUGGCGAAGGUCCACUGGCGAUUCCAAGCUGAUGCAGGUUAUAGCGCCGAGAAAAGUGAAGACGACAUUAGAGCGGAGGCAGGAAAUGCUGCAGGAGUAUUUGGAUCAGUACUCCCACGAAGACCCCAUUAUCUAUAAACCCGUCACGGAUCAAGAAAGGCAGAAGAGGUCUAUAGUGGUCAACAACAGGACAGGAGCAGCGCAAAUGUUCAAAAAGAAGAUUUUAAAAUGGCGUCUGUUGAACUCUGGCUACAGCACGCGCAUUCCGGUGAACGACCAGCGAGCCACGAUCCACUUGGCCUUCCGGAUGUGGAGUGAGGUGAUCCCGCUCAAGUUUAAAGAGGACACUCUCAGUGAUAUCCGAGAGAUCGACAUAGAAAUAGCCUUUGGUAGAGGCACGCAUCAGAAUUGCCCAAAGAGGUUCGACGGCAGUGGUGGAGAAGUGGCACACUCUUGGCAUGCUGGCAAUGUCCACUUUGAUGACGAGGAAAACUACAAAUCCAUCAACACUUACACAGAAGACGGCCUCUACCUGCUAAAGGUUGCUGUUCAUGAAAUAGGUCACGUGUUAGGCCUGGCUCACACCAACAAAUCCUAUUCCAUUAUGUACGCCAUCUACCACAAGCACUUUUCACCUAAGCCAAACUUUGAGUUAGGAUGGGAGGAUCGCAAGGAAAUCCAGAAAUUGUACGGUGUCUGCAAAGGUUCCUUCAAUGUUGUCUUUGACUGGGUACGGAAAAGGGCAAAUAGCCAGUUUAUUUACAACACCUUCUUCUUCCGUGGGAACCGUUUCUGGAUGUACGAGAACCACGCCAAUAGAACCCGCUUCGGGGAUCCACAAUUUAUCCCGGAUAAGUGGAAACAGUUACCAGGAAACCUGGAUGCCUACGUGCACGUCUGGUAUUACUCCCAUCGAACAUCCUCUGUCAUAAACGAAGCAUUUUUCUUCAAAGGUGAAGAAUACUUCAAGUUUGAUAGCGACAAAGGCGAAGUUGUGGAUGGGUUUCCCCAUUCGAUCAGGGCGGAUUUCCCAGCCAAGAACUCAUCUUCGGAGGCGAUUCCUGUUAACGUUGACUCGGUCUUCUUCGAUAUGAGGGACAAGAAUAUCUACUUCUUCAAAGGAGAAUGGGUAUACGUCUUUGACCCGAAGGCUGUUGACGAGGACUAUGGAUGCUGUGUACGGAAAGUUCGCAUCCAGGACGAGUACCCAGCCUACGAGGGCGAGCUCGGCUUGCCGGCAAACUUGGACUCUGUGUAUUAUUCCUACAAAGAUUACUCCAUGUACUUCAUUAAGGGGGAAGACGUGUGGAAAAACAUGCUAUUUACACCCAGAGACAAGGUCAUCCAGAACAAGGUCAUGUACAUUGGCAAGUGGUACCAGAAGUGGUACGAUAUUUGCGACUGGAUUUCUGAAACGCCUGGGUUUGGAGUGGUGUAGGAACUGCUAGGGCGACGAUAGUGUCCACGACAAGCUCAUAGUAGUGGUAAAAGACUCACACAAGGCUUCACACUAUGGACACGCAUUCGUGCAGAAGCUCCUGUGGAAUUUCAUUCAGUAUUGGAUAGCUAGCUCCCUAUUAUUUCAGCAUAUCAGACAUUUGUCCUCCAGUUUUGUUUAGCUAUGUAGAUUUUUUUGUGUUCGACAAAAACACUUUGAAAGUGUGUGGCUAGUAAAUUCACCGUGUCUUGCCUGUGUCCCUUGGCCAUGUAUUCGUCCAUUUCCGUGAAAGGUCACAUUUGUUUGGGCUGUGAAUGCUAUCAGCGGGCUGAUGCAAAGCUCAAUUUCCUUUCUUUAAUUAUUUAAUAUUUGGUGGUGUUCUUCGUUCGUCCCAGAGGUACUGUAGGAGUUCGGCCAGCAGAAGGCAAGGCCAUCGAUUUGCUUCAGGAGAUCAAGUAUUCAGAUGCAUAUAGAUUUAUUUUUGUAUAGGCCGAAAGGGCAAAGGUGUAAAAAAUGCUGCUCACGAUGUAUUAUAUUCUGUCCAAUGUGCUGAUUACUCUCCUGUGACUGGUUGAUGGCGGACGGUAGGGGACGAAUCGUUGUGGUGACUCGGACUGAUGUUAAAAGGACGAUUCCAUGUUCUAGGUUAUCCACCCAAACCCUGCUGUUUUGUUGCCUGUUUCCCGAUCGCUUUUUGAUGUAUUUUGUUUUUAGUAUCCACCGUCUUAGUUUUUGCUCACAACAUUUUCAUUAUCAUGUUAUCAUUAUUUAACUGACGGUUGGAGAAGCUAGUUGUAAUGACUUUCAUUUCCCAAUAGCACUGACGCACUUAAUUCAGAUAUGCCAAAGAUUUGCUCGGAUGCAGAGUUUACUUUACUUGUAUGUCGUUGUUAUUGUUUCUUGAGUCAUGGGUUGUCCUAGCGGAAGAUGGUAUUUGUGAAUUUGCAGAUUCACACUAUGGACAAUCACGUUGAUAAUAAGCUGUGUGUGAGCGAUUUGUAAGUAUUCCGUAUGAGGGUGUACAUAGCUGUAUCUGUCAUACGGGCUACCAAUAAUAGCAUUUACUCCAAUACUUAACCUUAUAGAACGUUGAUGUUCACUAACCGAUGAUGUGUAUUUACAAUUAUAUUAUAAAUGUUUCUGUACUCUGUGAUGGUUAUAUCAGAAUGACGCUAUUAAUUGAGCUUGCAAGCCGUACACAAUUUUGACAAUUUUGUUUAAAGAAACAUAGUUGAAGAACCAUACACGCACUGUAGUUCCAAAAAUUUCAGUAGAGUUAAUACUAAGUGCGGUCUUGGUAGUUCUGAAACAUACCUAUGGGCUGAGAUGAGUUUAAGAGCUGGUUAUACUAAUAGUUAAACGACCAUCCGGCAUGUAAUUACCAUUAUGAUUACGUUAUGGCCUCCAGUCAUAUGGAAUCCGUAUGGCCCACAUGGUCACCGAUUUGAUUACGAAUUUCUCUCACGCCUUGAUAAAACAUUGUUGUUUGUAUCGCCUUAGCUUUCUGUGUAUUUGUUCUACCAAAUUUAUCAAUAAUACUUUUCAAAUUUUUCAAAAUCUUUAUAUCGUAUGGUGCAUUCUCUGUGGUGGUCUUCUUUUGUAAGUGUGCAGUCAUUGUGUAACAUCAUGUGUUGUUGAGCCUCGAUGCUUAACCUUGUAAUGUUCAUAGGAUCGGCCAAAAUAUUGGCUGUAUCUAUGUAAAUGUAGAUAUCAUACUGGGGCCAUGGUGUUUAAAUAGCCCUAACUAUACUUCGCAAACGGCUUAUACGCGUGGUGUUCUUGUUUUGUACCAUCUUUAUAUAUUUGGCGUAUUUUACCAGACGAUAGAUGAAUAUAUAUGUAUUAACGUGCAUUUACAUUAUCUGGAGUAACAUAUUGACAGCACAUGUCUUGUAUUAGUCCCUUUAAAUAAUUGGCCCUUUUUCCCUCAUAAUACACGAAAAAGACCCCUUCAGUUGUGGAAAUGGUGCCACUCCACAUGCUUUGUAACUUUUAUGCUCGGUAGAGAUUCUUCUUAAGAUUUACAUAUCCCUCCAAAAAGGUGGGUUAAAUUUGGAAUGAUAUCGCAACUAAGAAACCAAGUUGUGGCCCAAUUUAUAGUCUUUCUGUUGCAGAUUACACCAGAACCAUAUGCACGUUUAUAUGUAGCAAUACACUACGUGUAGGUUGGGCUGGUUUAUAUGGUUUUUAUACUGUUGCAAAUAUAGACUUGCGAUGCUACCAAUACUGCCCGAACGGUUUGUCGUAGACAACAUAACAAUUUACACUAACCACCCCCCCCCCCAAUAACCACGUAAACUGUUCCACUAGUCCUCUUGCAGGAAGUCUUUUUUUUUUUUUUUUUUUUUGCCGAAUCCAUUGUCUUGUCAUAAGGCCAUUCCUUUAUUAACAGAAAAGACCGAUUUAGUCGUCAAUUCUUUCUAUCGCUUGAAAGCUGAUGCGUUUGGUGUCGGCAUUUCUAGUACAGGAGAUCGGUCGGACGUCCACUGUUUCCUGAAUGCCAGCAGACACUACUUUGUGUUGUAGAUAAACCCUUAGAAGAGAGCUCUAUACGUAUAAGUAUUUGUCAGUAUAUGUAUAUGGCGCGUGAGGUGAACAUUUCGGGUCGAAUACUAUUUAUCCAACUGGCUUUUACUAGAACAAAUAGACUCAUAAUUUCAUGUAGUAGUCCUUGUCGCCAAUAUAAUUUAUAUAUUUGUUGUUAUAGUGGCCAAGUACCAAAUGUACAUUUGAAUGGAAACCCCUAUUUAUAAUAAAGGCUAGUCGUCAGUGGUGUACCCGGUAAAGCUUGGCCUUGCUGUGACUAGUCCUUGUCUACAUAGUUCAGCCUCUAGUCGGGGUAGAGACCCUGUAGUAGUUGCCGACAAAAGGUGAUGUGUGUCCCAGCACUAAAUGCCUAGCAAUGGUUCUAGUCCUAGUUAUGUAUCCUAACCGCUUCCAUAUCGCCAUUUUGUAUCUCAGUCGUUUGUAAUAAAAACCAAUACGAACCGUACUGCAAAUGAUUCCCUGUGCAAGGAAAUAAAUCUUGAUUUGUUGCC